UUCCGUGAAGAAGAGAGGUUAGAGCCCCUUAUCUUGUUGAUAGCUCACCAGACCAAUAAAAUGGCUCUAAAAUCACAAGCCCACCUAGCAAACAACACUAGUCGCCCUCUCUCUUUCCCCAAUUAGUAUCCACACCACGUGAAUCCCCAAUAAUUUCUCAUGCACCCAGUGGGUCCACCCAUUCUCCGUCCCAGACCCCUUUUGUUUUCAUUCCAAAAUCCAACUCCCAACAAUCUCUCUCUCUCUCUCUCUCUCUGUUUCCUCUGUUUUCUUUUUCUCUCCGCAACCCAUUUCUUAUCUUCUCAUGUACUGCCCCUCUGCAAUGGCAGGAGCCACGUUUCUUCUGCCAUUGUUGCUCUCGGUCCUCCUCUUUCAUCACAGUUUUGCUUAUGAGGAGGAGAAGAUAGUCCUCCCAUUGAAUGAAUUUGGGUGGAGACAGGACAACAGUGGCAUUCCCAGUUGCUCUUCUCAGAAAUCAAGGAGAGGGAAUGGUGCCACUAUAUUGGAAAUGAAACACAGAGACUCCUGCUUCAGACCCAUGAGUGACUGGAACCAAAGGCACACAAACCGUCUAAUUUCAGACAAUAACCGAGUUGAGUCACUGCAAUACCGGAUCAGAAACGCGGUUUCCGGCCAACUCGAUAGCUUCUCACAGAGCCAAAUCCCACUCACUUCAGGCAUAAACCUCCAAACCCUGAACUACAUUGUCACAAUUGAACUGGGUGGCAAAAACACCACGGUUAUAGUGGACACAGGAAGUGAUCUCACAUGGGUCCAAUGCCAGCCUUGCAAAUUGUGUUACAAUCAACAAGACCCCUUGUUCAACCCUACCACUUCCCCCUCAUACCAAUCAGUCACAUGUAACUCAACUACUUGCCAAUCACUCGAAUUCGCCACCGGGAAUUCUGGACUGUGCGGAACCGAAAAUCAACCACCAACUUGUGACUACUUAGUUAGCUACGGCGAUGGGUCCUACACUCGCGGUGAGUUGGCCAGUGACAGGGUCAAAUUCGGAACUACCGCGGUGGAGGAUUUCGUUUUCGGGUGUGGGAGGAACAAUAGGGGAUUGUUUGGGGGAGCUUCUGGAUUAAUGGGACUCGGAAGGAGUGAUUUGUCAUUGGUUUCCCAGACUUCUACCUUGUUUGGAGGUGUUUUUUCGUACUGUUUGCCUUCAACUGAUUAUGAGGCAUCAGGGUCUUUAAUCCUAGGCGGGGAUUAUUCAGUUUACAAGAAUUCAACACCAAUUUCUUUCACCAAAAUGGUUCAAAAUCCACAGCUUUCGAUUUUUUACUUGGCAAAUCUCACUGGAAUAAGCAUUGGUGGGGAGGCUUUAGAUGCACCGAUGUUUGGCAACAGUGGGAAUGGAAUCCUGAUUGAUUCGGGCACAGUUAUCACACGGCUUGCACCCUCGAUUUAUAAAGCAGUGAAGGAUGAAUUUGUGAAACAAUUUUCCGGGUUUCCGACUGCACAAGCGUUUUCGAUAUUGGACACUUGUUUCAACCUCACCGGAUACGAAGAAGUGAACAUUCCUACUAUAAGGAUGCAUUUUGAGGGUGGCGCUGAGCUGAAUGUGGAUGUUUCUGGGAUUUUCUACUUUGCGAAAGCGGAUGCAUCUCAGGUCUGUUUGGCCAUCGCGAGCCUGUCGUAUGAAGAUGAGGUCCCGAUUGUUGGGAAUUUUCAGCAGAGGAACAUAAGGGUUGUAUAUGAUACUAAGGGAUCUAUGUUGGGAUUUGCAAAGGAGGCUUGCAGUUUUGAGUGAAACAGAAGAUCGGGUUAUGCGUUUGUUGUGAAUAUAUUUGUUUGAACCGCGAUGCCAAGUGACCGCGUUGGCAACAUAGUAAUCCAAGGCGUAAUUUUGUGUUACAAGAAUAUAUAUAUAGGCGUCUUUAUUAUCCGUUUGGGGGAUGGUAUAGAAUACAUGGAUGGAAUUUGUGAUUUUGUGAGUGUUUAAUUGUGUCUGUGUAAUUUGAUUGUGUAGAAGAAGUGAGAAACAAUCAAGUCUUGUAUUUGUUUCCUGUAAAACUUGUAACCUUGUAAAUGCCUAUUGCUUAGGAGCAGAUCAGGUAGCUGCUGGAACUCUUCAAUCUUGGUGAUGUUGUAAGACUUGUCGCGAUUUCUUCGUUU